AAGCUAUAUAAAACCAGCAAUUGUCGCCUGUAAAUCAAUUAAAACAUCAAUUUUCACAAACAUGUCUGUUCCAACCACCAUCAACGCUGUCCUCCUUAAGAACGCUCCAACUGGAGAAGUUCAAUUCGACUAUUCUGCCAAGGAUGCCACCUUUGAGUUGUCUUCCAAGCCUUUCUCCGAGUCUGACUUGAAGGACGGCUUCGUGCUUGUCAAGAACCUCUACUUCUCCAACGACCCUGCCCAAAGAGGCUGGAUUGCUGCUGGCCAAGAUGCUUCCAGAGGUUACGCCGAUCCUGUUAAAGAGGGUGAUGCUAUCAGAUCUUCCGGUUUCGGAGAGAUUGUUGCUUCCAAGUCCUCCAAGUACUCUGUUGGAGACAAGGUUCUUGCUCUCUUGACCUGGAGUGACUACCAGCCAUUGCACGAGGCUGCCGUCUUCCAAAAGGUCGACGAGUCCGAGGGUGUCACUGCCCCAGUGUACCUUUCUGCUUUGGGUUACACUGCCUUCACUGCCUACUUCGGUUUGAAGGACAUCCUUCAAUUGAAGGAAGGCCAAACCAUUGUCGUCUCCGCUGCUGCUGGUGCCACCGGCUCCAUGGUUGUCCAACUCGCCAAGCACGUGUUCAAGGCCGGUAAGGUCAUUGGUCUUGCUGGUUCCGACGAAAAGAGCAGAUGGAUCGAGAGUCUCGGUGCCGAUGUUGGUAUCAACUACAACGAUGCCGACUACAAGGAACAGCUUGACAAGGCCAUUGGCCCAGACUGCACUGACGCCUACUUUGACAACGUCGGAGGUGACAUGUUGAGUUUCUUGUUGACCAAGGUCAAGAAGUUCGGCCGUGUUGCUGCCUGUGGUGCCAUUGCUGGUUACAACGACAAGUCCAAGCUUAAUGUUACUACCUGGACUCAGAUCAUCACCAACUCCUUGACUGUGCAAGGUUUCGUUAUCUUCAACUACGUCCAACGUUUCCCAGAAGCCAUUGAGGUGAUACUCGGAGGUAUCUCCAAGGGUACUAUCAAGGUCGAAAACACCUACCACAUUGAAGACCUCUCCAAGGAGGAAAAGCCUUUGGCCAAGGUUCCAGAGGUCUGGAGUCUCUUGUUCGGUUCCAACAAGCCAAACGGUAAGUUGAUCACCAAGAUCGCUUAAGUUACG